CCCAGGGUUCUCAGGAAACUGAUUUCGGUUUGGUUACCUUAAUGAAGCUUCAACUAGGUCCCUGUCGCACAAUUCUUGUGGGCAGUAUUUAGUGCUGUAGGUUUAAUCUUUCCAAACCUCUCUUGGACAUUUUGUCAACACCAUGCAGCUUGAUAAAGAGGAGCCAGAGAAACCACUGCCUUUUACUUUAAGGAGAUUCUGUGUAUCAGAAGAUUUUGGCUUUCUUCUUCCAAACCCACUGACGGAGCUUCCAGAUGACUACAGACCUUGGAUGGAGAUUGCCAGCAACCUUCCCCAGUUGAUUGAAAGUUGCCAACUUCGGGCCCGAGUGGACAAGAUGCCGCUGCUGAGUUGUCAGUCUCUGAAAAGCUACCGAGAACAGCACCUGGCUCACCUAGUACUCAGCUUUAUCACCAUGGGGUAUGUGUGGCAGGGAGGAGAAAAGAACACUGUACAGGUUCUGCCCAGAAACCUUGCACUACCUUUUGUUGAGGUCUCUCAGAGCCUAGGACUUCCUGCCAUCCUGGUACACUCAGACUUUGUGUUGGUGAAUUGGAAGAAAAAGAAUCCUGAUGGAAACCUGGACACCAUUGUUUCGCUGCCUGGGGGAGACAGCCUGAAAGGCUUCAUCCUGGUGACCUGGCUCGUUGAAAAGGCUGCAGUGCCUGGGAUUAAGGCCCUUGUUCAGGCUGUAAAUGCCAUCCUUCAGUCCAAGGAAGACUCCCUAUGUCAGGCGAUGCAGCAGUUGGCUGGUUCCAUUGAUGAAAUGACCUGGGCCUUGAGGCAGAUGCAUGAUUAUGUAGAUCCAGCCAUAUUUUAUGCAGUGAUCCGGAUCUUUCUGUCUGGAUGGAAAGAUAACUCAGCCAUGCCAGAAGGACUUAUCUAUGAAGGCAUCUCAGCAGAGCCCCUGAAAUACUCCGGAGGGAGUGCAGCCCAAAGCACGGCUCUUCAGGUUUUUGAUGAGCUAUUAGGUAUCCAUCACAACAAACAAAGCGCUGCAUUUCUGCAUAGAAUGAGGAACUACAUGCCCCCUCUCCACAAAGCCUUCAUAGAGGAGAUCCGUGCAGCCCCCUCGCUGAGACAACACAUCUUGUCUUCUGAGAACAGCCAGCUGUAUGGAGCCUACAACAAGUGUGUAACAGCACUGGUGGAGCUGAGAACCCACCACAUCAUAAUUGUGACCAAGUAUAUCAUCACAGCUGCUGCCAAUGCCAAAGCCAACAGAGGGAAGCCUGAUCAGCAAUUGGGUCAUCUCCCAGGGCCUCCACAGUCUCUGGAAAAAAGGGGUACAGGGGGCUCUGGGAUCCUGAGUUUUCUGAAGAGCGUCAGGGACACUACCAAGGAAGCAAUGAUCAACAGAGGGAUUUAGGCGUUCUCUCUUGUCCAGCUCCUAACAGAGGCACUGGGUGACAUGGACAUGGAGGAUGUUGACUGGGGAGUAAAUGGGUUAGAACUCCAAUGGGAAUGGUCAAAGGAAGCUCAGUUAAACUCAUGUUGCAUGCUUGGGGCGGUGGGGGAAGGAGCAUCCUGUUCUCCUUUGUAGGGAGUUGUUUGCAAGGGGCUGUCUUAUUCCGUAUGAGAGAUAACAAUAAUAAUAAUAAUGUUGGUAUUUGUUAAGCGCUUACUAUGUGCAGAGCACUGUUCUAAGCUCUGGGGUAGACACAGGGGAAUCAGGUUGUCCCACGUGGGGCUCACAGUCUUAAUCCCCAUUUUACAGAUGAGGGAACUGAGGCACAGAGAAGUUAAGUGACUUGCCCACAGUCACACAGCUGACAAGUGGUAGAGCUGGGAUAACAACUUGUGUGGCUGUUUGCUUCUGCCUCUGGUCAGGGCCAGGCUUCAAUAAUUAGCCAACUUUACUGGUUCCUCACUUGCCAGUGCUCAAACCUUAGAAGAACAAGGGUGUGGGGGCUUCUUCCUUCAAUCUACCAGAAGGCCCCUUCUCAAAUGAAUCAUUUGUAACCAAAUAAAAGUGCCAUGUAGUCAGA